GGUCGAGGCGGGGAGGCGGCAGCGGCGGCGGCGGAGGACGCAGCCCGGCGCCCUCGACGAAGACCCUAUGGGGAACGUUACGAGCGAUAGCAGCGAGGACGAAGGGGCGGCCGCCAGGGCCGAGAGCUGGGGCUCGCAGCCCGACAGGACCAAGGACGCGGGCGCGGCGACGAGCCCCGGCGCCGGCCCGGCCGCCACGACGCUGCCGCCCGCCUCGGUCUUGCUGGAGCCGGCCGGCCUGCGAGAGGCGGCGGCCACCCUGCGGCCCGGGCCGCACGUCGAGUCGAUGGUGUCGCAGCACCACGCCACGCUGGUGCGGUGGCUGGAGGAGCGGCUGGGCCGCGGCGAGGAGGUCGUCACCCUGGAGCAGUUCCGGGAAGUGCUGAUGGCUCGCGGCGUCUGCGGUCGGGGCGAGCUGUUCGAGGAGGCCUUUGCUCAGUUUGAUGCAGAGGGACAUGGUACCGCUGAUGCUGAGAACAUGUUGGAGGCACUCAAGAAUUCCAGUGAUCCAGAUGUUCAGGGGGAGCUGAGCCAGAUCAUCAGACAGCUGCAGGCCUGUUCUCUUAUUCCUGGUUUUAUAGACAUAUUUGCAGAGUCAAAGGAGGGCCUGGACAUACAUUCAUCAGUGAUUCUGCGCUUCCUGCAUCGCAAUCGGGCCUCAAGCACGGAUAUCCCCUACCCCAUGUUGGAACAUUGUGAUAACAUAUGCUUCAUGAGGACUUCUAUUCUAAAGGAGUCUCUGGACCAACUGAUACAAAAAGAGAAAGAAAGCCCUGUAGAUCUUACUAGAAUCCCAGAGGUGGACAAAUUCAAGUCAGUAGCAAAGUGCUAUGCUUAUAUAGAAACAUCCUCCAACCCUGCAGACAUUGAUAAGAUGACAAAUGGAGAAACAGUAUCAUACUGGCAGUCAGAUGGCAGUGCUCGCUCACACUGGAUUCGUUUAAAAAUGAAGCCAGAUGUUGUGCUUAGGCAUCUAUCCAUUGCAGUUGCUUCCGAUGAUCAGAGCUACAUGCCGCAGCAGGUGACAGUAGCUGUGGGGAGGAAUGCUGGUGAUCUUCUGGAAAUCCGCGAUGUGCAUAUUCCCAGCAAUGUCACCGGCUAUGUGACACUGCUGGAAAAUGCUAACAUCAGUCAGUUCUAUGUCCAAAUAAACAUAAAGCGUUGUCUUAGCGAUGGAUGUGAUACUAGAAUUCAUGGUCUGAGGGCUGUUGGCUUACAAAGAAUUAAGAAGUCUGGGGUCUCAGUCUCAGAUGCUUCUGCAAUAUGGUAUUGGUCUCUGCUGACAUCUCUCGUGACUGCUUCUAUGGAGACAAAUCCUGCCUUUGUCCAGACAGUACUGCACAAUACUCAGAAGGCACUCCAGCACAUGCCUCCACUUUCCCUCUCACCUGGAUCUACAGAUUUUUCAGCUUUCCUGUCUCCUAAUGUUCUAGAGGAAGUGGACAGUUUCCUCAUAAGGAUAACUAGCUGCUGUUCUACCCCAGAGGUAGAGCUGACUCUUCUGGCUUUUGCACUUGCAAGAGGAAGUGUUGCCAAAGUGCUGAAUUCUCUAUGUACCAUCACAGACCAUCUGGACACACACUAUGAUGCUUUGUCCCUGAUCUCAUCCAUGGCAUCAGUCAGGCAGAGCCUGCUUCUGAGAUACGGUAAACCUCUUCAGUUAACUCUUCAAGCCUGUGAUGUUAAAGGGAAAGAAGAAAAAUCGGGGCCUGAAAAUCUUCUUGUUCAACCAUGGACAAGAGAUGGCUUUCUUACCGAGACUGGAAAAACCAGAGCAAGUACUAUUAUCUCUACAGGAACCGAAUCUGCCUUCCAAGUUACACAGAUCAGAAUUGUGGUUCGACGUGGGGACAUUGGUGCCCAGUGUGGAUUGGUGUUUGCUUAUAACUCAUCAUCUGAUAAAUUUCAUGCAGAAGAACAUUUCAAAAGAUUUGAAAAAUAUGACAAAUGGAAGCUUCAGGAAUUCAGGCAAUUUGUAAAAGGAAGAAUUGGUUGCUCACCUGAUGACCUUGAAGAAGAUGAUCCUGUUGGGUGGUUUGAGCUGGAAGAAGAUUGGGAUGAAGCAAUUGUCAAGUUGCAACAAUGCAGAAUUACCAAAUAUUUGAUGGUGAAGUUCCUCUGCACCCGCCAGGAGUCAGCAGAGCGUUUGGGAGUCCAAGGCUUGAGCAUCAGUGGGUACCUUCGACCUGCAAGAGCUGAAGUACAGCAGAAUGUGGUCUGUGCCCACUGCAGAAAGGACUCAGAGGAGAGGGUUUGUGGAGCCACUCUGCUCCUCAGGACCCUUCAGUUCAUCCAGCAGCUUGCCCAUGAUCUGGUGCUGCAGAAGGAAAGUGGCUUAAAAUAUAAAUCUUUUCUGGACUUCGCGGGUCUUGAUUUGCAGAUCUUCUGGAUUUUUUACAAUAAAUUAAAGCAAAAUACAAGAGAAGAAUGCGUUUGUGCCCAAACCCUCCUUCUGCAGCUCCUUCAGAGCUGCUCCUCGAUACUGCAGAAAGAUAUGACAGCUGUCCCUGAGGGGACAAAGAAGAAUCCAAGCCAGAAUUCUGGACAAAUGGAGGCUGCUAAGGACCUCUACUCUCACUUAUGUGAUGUGGUAGAUAAAGUGAAUGGAGACUCUGUGCUCAUAGAAAUAUUAAAACAAGAAGUUAAGAACACCCUUCUUAAUGGGGCUGCCAUCUUCUUUCCUGAUCGACAAAUCCGGCGGAACCAUCUCCUCACCAUGAUGAAAAAUGUCACUGAACAGGAACACAAGCUGUCCUUGCAGCUUACUUUUCGCUCACUGUGCACAUAUUUUAGUGAUAAAGAUCCAAGUGGCCUUCUACUUUUACCUGAAAAAAGUGACCAGGCAGAUGUGAACAUUGACGAAGUACUGGCAGCCACGAGCACUCUCCUCUCUGUUGCUGCCCGAGAGUGUGAGCUAUUGAUGCUCAGUGGAGCACAAAGGGAGAUUGGCUCUGUGCUCUUCUCCCUGUUCUGGUCUGUUCAAGGCAGCCUGCUUUCCUGGUGCUACUUGCAGCUGAAGAACACAGACUCUGGAGCCAAAGAUCUUGCUGUUAUUCUCAUUGAAAAGUAUGUGGGACAGUUUCUGGCAAGCAUGAGAAUUAUUUUGGAGUCCCUUUUGUCACAGUAUACUGGAAAAGUCAUAGUAGAAAAAUUAUGUAAUUCAGUAUUCUCGAUGGCAUCUCGUCAACUGGUAAUCUUUCUGCUGGACUUUUGCACUUUAGACAUUUCACACUGCGCUCUCUUAAGAGAGUUCAGUACCCUAACAGAACUAUUAAAGAAGCUCUGCAGUGACUUUGAUGGAGAGCUGAAUAAGCUUGAUGUUGAGACCUGGCAACAGGAGCGACCAGUGGUGUUGCAUACUUGGACAAAGGAAUCUGCUCACAACUAUGAAAAUAAUUGUCAUGAUAUAUCUAUCUUUGUAACCCCGGGGGCAAUGUAUUUUGAGGUGGAAUUUGAUGAGAAGUGUGAAACUGAAAAAAAGUAUGAUUACCUGGAAUUUACAGACUCUAGAGGUGGAAAAACACGCUAUGAUACAAAAGUUGGCACUGAUAAAUGGCCCUUGAAUGUGACUUUUAAGGCUGGUCCUCGGCUACAGUUUCUCUUCCACUCUGACAGCAGUAACAACGAAUGGGGCUACAAAUUUACUGUUACUGCCUAUGGUCUGCCAGAUGUUGCUGUGUCUUGGGGGUUGGAUUUGCAACUCCUUGUUUCCCGACUGAUGGGACGCCUUGCUUCCCAUUGCAUGUCGUUCAAGACUGUACAUAAGUUAGGAAGUGACAUGGCAGUUUCUCAAGCAAAAGUUUCAUCAGUCAUAAACUCACCCUUGUGGAAAUCUGUCUUCAAGCAUCAGCUAUGUCCAGAGUUGAAAUUAGAAGCAAGCUGGCCCACUCACCCAUCCCAAAAUAGUAAAGAGGUUAAGAACAUUCCUGAUGAUCCCUGCCACCAUUUUCUUCUUAAUUUUGCACAAUCAGAUCCUUCCCAGAACUUCAGUGGGCCAUAUUCAGAACUUUUCAAAGGAUUCAUACAGGCAUGUAGAAAACAGGCCCUAAAGACAGACAUAGUUGCUGGUUCUGCUAUUGAUCAAGCUGUGAACGCCACCUUUGCUGCUCUGAUAUAUCGUACUCCAGACUUAUAUGAGAAGCUGCAAAAAUAUGUAAAUAAUGGGGGCAAGACAGCCCUAAGCGAGGAAUUUGCACAGGUAUAUUCCUUGGCAGAUGGGAUUCGAAUAUGGAUGUUAGAGAUGAAGCAAAAGUCGUUGAUGAGCCUGGGCAAUGGAGCAGAAGAUAAACGUGGAUUGGAGACCGCAGAGGCAAACCCUGAGAUCUUGGCACAAGAAUGUAUUCAGAAGAGUGUUCUAUUAUUGAAAUUUCUGCCUGUGGGUAUAAAUUCAAAAGGAGGCUCUGACAUGCUGGUGACUACAGAUGAAAUUGAUCAUCUGCUGUCACUUGACAAGUGCCUGAGGACAAGUUCUGUGAGGGAGGAGCAUUUCCAAGCUUCAGUAUCUCCCACUGAGGCUGCUUCCUCUGCUGUGGAAGACAGGAGUCCUGGCUUGGAUGUUCAGCCAUUGUUUUCCAGUAAUGGCCUUACUGCCCCAGAAGUGACCUCUGCCACAGCUGAAGAGCCCUCAUCGCCUUCUACACCCACCAAGCGGCCUCCUUUCACCCGAGGACGACUCCGACUCCUCUCCUUUAGGUCGGUGGAGGAAGCCAGACCAGUGCCCACAGUGAAAGAGAAAUACCCAGUAUUGAAGGAUGUUAUGGACUUCAUUAAAGACCAGUCACUCUCACAUGAAAGUGUUGUGAAGGUCCUUUCCUUGAAGAAAGCCCAAGCCCAGAACAUUCUUGAAGCUCUGAAGAUAAUUCAUUAUUGUUCAGAAUCCCUUGGACAACCUCAUUGCUUUCACCCACCUUAUAUCCUUUUUCUCUUGGAGCUUCUGACCUGCCAGAAAGAGUUUGCCGAUUAUUUUGGACAUUUGGAAGGUUGUGGUGCAGAUCUACAUAAAGAAAUUCGAGACACUUACUAUCAACUCGUUUUUUUCUUAGUCAAAGCAAUUAAAGGAUUUAGUAGCAUAAAAGACAGGUCCUUGCUGCCUGCCUUGUCCUGUGUUCAGACAGCCGUGCUUCACCUUUUGGAUAUGGGCUGGGAACCUAGUGACCUCACCUAUUUUGUUGAUAAUCAGUUGCCAGAAUUCCUCAUGAAAAUGUCACAGGAAAAUAUAAGUGUCCAUGACAGUGUGAUCAGCCAAUGGAGUGAAGAAGAUGAGCUUGCUGAUGCCAAGCAGACUUUAGAAUGGAUGGAUGAGUGUCAGGAUGGCAUGUUUGAAGCCUGGUAUGAAAAAAUAGCCCAGGAAGAUCCAGAGAAGCAGAGGAAAAUGCACAUGUUUAUUGCUCGCUACUGUGACUUGUUAAACGUAGACAUUUCUUGUGAUGGUUGUGAUGAAAUUGCUCCCUGGCAUCGCUACCGGUGUUUACAGUGCAGUGAUAUGGAUCUCUGCAAAACUUGCUUCCUAGGUGGAGUAAACCCUGAGGGCCAUGGUAAUGACCAUGAAAUGGUGAGCAUGGAGUUUACUUGUGAUCACUGCCAUGGUUUGAUCAUAGGCCGGAGGAUGAAUUGCAAUGUGUGUGAUGACUUCGAUCUUUGCUAUGGAUGCUAUGCAAUGAAGAAAUACUCCAAUGGCCAUUUGCCUACACACAGCGUCACAGUCCAUCCAAUGGUGACCAUGCGGAUCAGUGACAGGCAGAGGUUCAUCCAGCCCUACGUUCACAACUAUGCUUGGCUGCUCUUUUCGGCCCUGGCUCUCUAUAGUGCCCACCUGGCCAACACAGAGGAGGUGGAUGGUGAGAAGCUGGAUUCUCAAACAAGCUGCAGUGCUGUCACCCUGCGGAGCCAGUGCAUGCAGCUUGUUGGGGAUUGUCUGAUGAAGGCUCACCAGGGAAAAGGUCUUAAAGUUCUAGCUCCUCUUGGUUUAUUGCCAAAUGGAGACUUUACCUCAGAAAAUCAGGCCCCAUCAGUCACAGUACCCACUGGAUCAUCAGAGGACCAGCUAGAGAAGAAAACUGUCCAGGCUGCUGAGGAGCCAUCAGACUCAGGCCCUUCUGUGAGAUGCAAUGGAAUGGCAGUUAUUGAUAAGGAAGCCAGCUCUUUAGGUUGUAAGCAGAGAAAUAAGGCAGAUGAAGGUGUAUUGUUAACAAAGGAAACUUCAUGUCAGAGUCAAAUUUCAUAUUCACCUGCAGAUGUUAACACAGCUAUAGUUCUUCCAGAUGCUGAAAAUUCAGAAGUGUCAUCUUCGAAGAUCAUCGAGGAAAAGGCAGUUACACCAAACCCUGAGCAAAUGUUUGCUGAGUGUUCCCAGAAGAGAGUUCUGGGGCUACUUGCAGCCAUGUUACCUCCCUUAAAGUCGGAACCCAGGCUUCCUCUCAUAGAUCUGGAGCAUGUCCUCCCACUCAUGUUUCAGGUUGUCAUAUCAAAUGCUGGCCACUUAAAUGAAACUUAUCACCUCACUCUGGGUCUUCUUGGCCAGUUAAUUAUCCGCCUUUUACCAUCAGAGGUAGAUGCUGCAGUAAUCAAGGUUCUUUCAGCCAAACACAACCUGUUUGCAGCAGGAGACAAUUCCAUAGUGAUUGAUGGCUGGAAAACUAUUCACCUUCUUUUCAGCCUGGGAGCAGUGUGUCUAGAGAGCCGGGUGGGUUUGGACUGGGCAUGCUCCAUGGCGGAGAUCCUACGAUCACUUAAUAAUGCCCCACAGUGGCGAGAUGUCAUUGACACCUUCACUAAUCACUGCAUCAAGCAGCUGCCUUUCCAGCUGAAGCAUACCAACAUCUUUUCCCUGCUUGUGCUGGUUGGCUUUCCCCAGGUACUCUGUGUGGGGACCCGCUGUAUUUACAUGGACAGUGCAAAUGAACCACAUAAUGUAAUAAUCUUGAAGCACUUUACGGAGAAAAACAGGGCUGUAAUCGUCGAUGUCAAAACUCGGAAAAGGAAAACAGUGAAGGAUUACCAGCUGAUUCAAAAAAGAGGACAGGAAUGUGGUGACUCUCAGGCCCAGUUGAGCAAGUACUCCCAGCAUUUUGCCUUUAUCGCCAGUCAUCUUCUACAAACCAGCAUAGACAGCCAUUGUCCUGAAGCUGUGGAAGCAACUUGGGUUCUGUCCCUGGCCCUCAAAGGAUUAUAUAAAACACUAAAGGUUCAAGGUUUUGAAGAGACCCAUGCUACCUUCCUUCAAACUGAUUUGCUAAAGCUCUUAGUGAAAAAGUGCAGCAAAGGAACUGGCUUCAGUAAAAACAUGGCUCCUCGUGACCUGGAAAUUUUGUCAAUCAUGCUGUAUUCCUCAAAAAAGGAGAUCAACACUUUAACAGAGAAUGGAGACUUGGAAAUGAACGAGCGAACAGACCUAGAGGAGGUAGAACAGUCAACGAGCAACCCCAAUGAACCAGAGCAGAAAAAACUAGAUCCUCUGGAAAGCUUGGAUGAGCCCACCAGGAUCUGUUUCUUGAUGGCUCAUGAUGCCCUCAAUGCCCCUCUGCACAUUCUCCGGGCCAUAUAUGAACUGCAAAUGAAAAAGACCGAUUCCUUCUUUCUGGAGGUUCAGAAGAGAUUUGAUGGAGAUGAGCUCACCACAGAUGAGAGGAUACAGACUCUGGCUCAGAAGUGGCAGCCUAGUAGGACUCUGAAAUUAGAGGAGCAAAGUGCUAAGGUCAUGGAUACAGACAUGAUUAUCUUACCAUGCCUGUCCCAGCCUGCACGCUGCAACCAGGCUACUGCUGAAUCAAGCCAGGUGACCCAGAAACUGAUCUCCAGCACAGAUAGUGAACUGCAGCAGAGCUAUGACCAAGCAGCCGACGUAAGCAAGAGUGCUGCCCUCCUGCUCAAGGAGCUUAACUGCAAAGACCAAGAGGGCUGUCCGGACUACCCUUUUCUCCGUGUGAAUGAGGCCACAACUGUCCUAUAUGCCCGCCAUGUGCUCGCAUCUUUACUAGCUCAGUGGCCAAUAAUGUUCCAAGUGAGCGAGGAAAUCCUAGAGCUAAGAGGCCCUGCCCAUAUGACCUACAUUCUGGAUUUGUUUAUGCAGCUGGAAGAAAAGCAUCAGUGGGAGAAGAUCCUGCAGAAAGUGCUCCGAGGCUGCCAGAGAGAAUGCUGGGGGACCAUGGCUCUGGCUGCCUGUCAGUUCAUGGAAGAGCCAGGAACGGAGGAGCAAGUGCGGGAAUCAAAACACCCAUAUAACAACAAUACCAAAUUUGAGGAUAAAGUUCAUAUUCCUGGGGCAUUCUACCUCUCAAUCAAAUUCGAUACACGGUGCUGUAAGAGGAAGGCGUGUGAUGAAUUAGCCAUGUCAAGUAGCAGUGACUUUCAGCAGGAUCGACAUAAUUUCAGUGGAUCUGAACAUAAAUGGAAAGAUUUUGAGCUUCCAGGAGACACUCUGUAUUACCGCUUCACCUCUGACAUGAGCAAUACUGAUUGGGGCUAAUUCACUGUGACCACAGGACACCUGGGACGAUUUCAGACAGUAUUUGAAAUUUUGAAGCAGUUGUUAUCAGAAGAAAGAAUUGUGCCACAUCCUCCAUUGGCCAAAAUUUUGGGAAUGGCUGGUAGGCGUUGGCCUGUCACCCAGACUGGUCACCAGCGGUUAAAAGCCAUCCAUCUUCUUCUGAGAAUUGUGCAACACUGUAAUCAGAGUAAGCUGUCUUUCCUGGCGCUGUUAAAGCCUCUGUGGCAGCUCUUUACCCACAUGGAAUACAGCCUGUUUGAUGAUGAUUUGCAGCCUGGUAUCCUCCGCCCUGUGCACCGAGCCCUCACUGAGCUCUUCCUCGUCACAGAGAACCGAGCACAGGAGCUUGGCUUGCUGCAGGAUUACCUGCUGGCCUCAACCACUGAUGACUAUCUUCUCCGCUGCGCUGCACAGGCUCUGCAAAACAUUGCUGCUAUCAGCCUGGCCAUCAACUACCCCAACAAGGCCACCAGCCUAUGGAAUGUGAAAUGUUAGCCCUGGGAAGGCAUGCAUGGAGCCGGCUAAUCUGGCCACAGGGAUUCUAGAGCAGACACCUAAACUCAGCCAAGAAAGUUUCUGUGCUCUCUGUGACCGGCUCUCCUUGAGCUCCCACUUCUACUCUGAUUAGAAAACCAGGCAGCCACACCUCUGGGAACUUCCCAGGUCACGGCUAGACCCCUGCGCAUACCACACACAUGAGAAGAAGCAGGAUCAUGCUGAGUGACUCAAGGAACAAGUGGGAGACUCUUGAGAUGGUUUUUUCAGAUGCCAGCUACAGUCCUGGCCCCACAUGAAGCUUUCAGGUGGUGCUGUGGACAGCCUGCACUUGCCCCCGGUUGGAGACAGAGCCUGCCCAGAACUGCCUUUCUCAGCAGGCCCUCCAGCCACAAUGCAGGGACCAGUCCAGAGCGCCUUUUGCUUUUGCUUCUUGAGACUGGGCAGUUGUAACCAAAACCAGCGAGAUCUUCUCCUAACCACCCCACCCUGGUUCUCAGCACAGGACCAGGCAGUGUCCCAGAGAAACCCUCAGUGAAGACAAGUGCCCUUGGAGACAGCCACCGCCACUAUGUGCGCUUGGUCAAGCACGGCUCCCAGCACACCCACUUUUUUUAGUUGUUUUAGUAAUAUAUUUUAGUUCCCACCUCAUGGUUUUUAGAAUGAAUAGAACUACUUGAGAGAGCCUCCAGAGAGUGAGCAAUGAAACAGCCCUUUGGGGGAAGGGCUUUUAGGGUGAGAGUUGCAGAACUGAAGAGUGUUCUCCAAGCUUCUGUACCUAAGACUUGAAGUGUUAUCAGAGAUCUUAUUUUAGAAAUCAAAAACUAAGACAGCCCCCCUCCCCCAAACACACAGGAUGGUGUGGUCACCGUCAUCCCCCGCUCUAGAACUCUGUGGUUACUCAGCCAUCACACAUCUAGCAAUAAUUCUAUUUGCUCAUGAAAGCUGUUUGCAAUUUUCCUUUUUAUGGUUGUCAUCUCACCCUAAUAUGCUAAUGAUGAUUCUCUUUUUAAAUUCAUACUUUGGUGAGUGAAGCUUGGUUGGCACCUUCAGAGGCAGGUGCAUGAGACCUGACACAUCCCUCAACAUAAGCCCGACAGUGCCAGGUGAUGAAGUGGGUGCUGCGUGGCCUUGGAUGCUCCCUCUGCAGGGUCAGCAGCAGAAGGGCCCCAGGAACCUCUUCCCACACAAGCAUCUUCUGCCUUCAUGGAUCAGGGGGCCACGGUGUGGCAACUUUCCACAACCCCAAAGUUAGAUUGUAACUCAGGCUGAGGCUGUGUUGUGAAUCCACCAGGAAGGACAAUAGCAUCAGCAAAUUGUGCGCCUGGCCUGGGGCCCUGGAAGCUGGUACUGCAGUGCCCUCUGGGUACAAUCCCCAUUCCCAUCUUUACCCAGCCAGCUUCUCCAGAGAAGGCCCCGGAUUCGGUACCACCCAGACAAGUAGAUCUCUCAGUGAGAAGGGAGCAGUGGGCUCAGACUGAUGGAUUGACUAUCUGAAGAGGGACACUGAGACAGUGCACUCACUGCUGACCUGAGCAGAGCUGCUGGUGGUGGGAGAACAGGAGCCCCACCCAUCAGGGCAGUUGCCACCAGUUUGCUCCCCUCUUCCCAGCAGGAAGAUGAGUUGUAAAUAAACUCUGGGCUCAUCAUAGCUUUCUCCAUUCACCACCCUUGCUAUUUUAGGAUCCUUCAUUCAGUUUGCAUAGAAAUAAGCCUGAGUUUUCCCUUCAUGCAGAACUGCUGCUCUCCUGGCUGGGCCCCUGGCAUCCUACCCUGCCUCUGCUUCCUGCCACUGGGUGGCAUGGUUGAGCAAGGCUCCAUGCCCCCUUGUGGCCAUAGUCAGCCAGUGGUCCUUCCUGGAUCGAACUAUAAGGAAAAGAGGGAUUUCCUUCCAGGCCAACAUCCCUUUGACCUUAAGAGGCAGGCCCGCCUGCAAUGAGACAAAACUGGCAGGAAUAAAGGUAUUGUGGAAACAUGUGCCUAAUCUAUAAAGAAAAUCUGUUCCAAAUCAUAUAUAUUGUACAAAUAGACACUAUUCCUAAUGAGAGGAGUGACUUAUUUUCAUCAUCGUUUUUAAUUUGUUUUCUUACGGGUUUAAGAUUUUGAAUUUUUCUUAUUGGUUGAAAGAAAGAAUUUUGAUUAUAUUAGCUGAAUGAAUUCAGCCUGUAUAAAGAAUGUUAAGUUGCGGAUAAAAUAUGCAAAUGAAGAGAAAUAUAUUGUACAAAUUCUAUAUAAAACAGUACAA